CUCUCACUUUUCUCGUAACCCUUCCCUUCUCUGUUUCACCGUCACAAUUCACAAACAAUAAUGACUGAGAAUUCAAGCUGUUUCAAUGGCAUCCUACGCCGGCUUCUAUGCACCGGUAACGUUCCGACUCAUCCAUCAUUAGAUUACAUUUCAGACUCAAACCCAACCCAACUCACUAAACCACCCAAAACUCCAAACCAUGAACCCAAGUUCCAAGCUUUACCUUCUCCUUCGGCUAAUGUAACACCCGGAAUAGUAGCCAGGCUAAUGGGGCUGGAUUCUCUGCCGGAGUCCAACUGGGUGAGAGCCCCGGAUUCUGUUACUAGAAGCAAGUCGGUGAGCUUUGCAGAUUACUUGAUGGAUUUCGAUAUAGCUCCGGCGAAUCAGCACCGCCGUGUCCGGACCUCCGUCUCUUUUAGGGAGGUUCCGGCGGUGCUGAGUCAGGAGGAGGGGAAGGAGUUUCUGGUGGUGUAUUUGGAUAGUGUGGAUAAGGAAAAGGAGUUUGGGGUUAAAGUGAAGAAAACAGAGGAGGUGAGGAUUAAAGUGAAGAAAACAGAGGAGGUGAAACAGGGGAAGGAACAGAGGAGUAAGAAGAAAGAGAGUAGUGAGGUGAUUAAGAAGAAGAAUGAAGAGAAAGUGGUGAAGAAAAAUAGCAAGAAGGUUUCCAAGUUGAAAGAUGUGCCUAGAAGGGAAUGUGAUGCUCAAUCUUCGAGGGUUAAUCGUGAUUCCAAAGGAGAUGAGGUAAAGAAGGUCGUGAGCAAAAAUGGUGGUGCUAAUUUAAGAGAAGGUAGUGGGGAGCGUAGUCCACUGAAGAAAACGACGACUCCGAAGAAGAAGAAAGUGGUGGUAGAACCAAAGUUCAAGAAGGGAAAUCAUCAAAAUGCAGCUAAGAAAAGAGAGGCAGUGGAUAAUAGUUCCUGCUCGGAGAAUUCAAGCCCUGUUUCUGUUUUUGAUAUUGAUGACAUUUUGAUCCAACAUGAAACUUGGUUAUCAGAAUAUUCUAGUCCCAAGGAUUUGAAAUCCCAGAUGAAAUCCCCACCAAGAGUUUCGUACAAUGAAGACCCUGAAUUGAGAGCAGUCAGAUUCAAAGAUAUGGAGCCAGUUAAGAACGAGGACAGUGAAGAUUACACUGAGCUUAUGGCAAGCAAAAUCUUCAAAAUGACAGAAGAGGAAUUGAAAGAGUCAGAUUGGGUAUCAAAUAAUGUGGUCGAGUAUGAAAGAUUCGAAGAAAUCUGUGUGGAAGUCGAGGGGCUGAUCCUAGAUGUGCUAGUGAACCAGGCCAUUGAUGAUCUUGUGCAGCUUAAUUUCUUAAGCUUGAAGAAGAAGAAGCUGUCUGAAAUUUGUAUAUAAAUAGUAGAGACUUGAUGUUAGUGUAAUAGUACUUCUUCAAGGUUUCGAUCUCUGUAACUUUGAAAUCCUUGAAAUUUUAGCAAUUUUGGUGUGAAAGGAGUUUGGACUAGGCUUGCUAGUAUGGCCUGCAGCAAGCGGCAACUGGAAAAUUUAAUUGCUUGUCCCCUAAUCCUAGAAAAAUAGACAUUUUAGGGAAGGGGGCAGAUCUUUCUGUGAAAUUGAAGCGGUCUAAUCUAACUUGAUGUUGAUGGUAUCAUAAUUGAAAUUUUGAAUUCUCAGCUAA